CUUCUUCUCCGCCGUCGGGAAAAUGCGUGAGAUUCUUCACAUUCAGGGAGGCCAAUGCGGCAACCAGAUCGGUGCCAAGUUUUGGGAGGUUGUUUGCGCCGAGCACGGCAUCGAUUCCACGGGACGCUACCAUGGAGACAACGAUUUGCAGCUGGAGCGCGUCAACGUUUACUACAAUGAAGCCAGUUGCGGGAGAUUCGUUCCACGCGCCGUCCUCAUGGAUCUGGAGCCCGGGACCAUGGACAGUGUCAGAUCCGGCCCCUACGGUCAGAUUUUCAGACCCGACAACUUUGUUUUUGGCCAGUCCGGUGCUGGGAAUAACUGGGCCAAAGGUCAUUACACGGAAGGGGCUGAGUUGAUUGACUCGGUGCUUGAUGUGGUUAGAAAAGAAGCCGAGAACUGCGAUUGCUUGCAGGGAUUUCAAGUAUGCCACUCAUUGGGAGGAGGAACUGGGUCAGGCAUGGGAACACUUCUGAUUUCCAAGAUCAGAGAAGAAUACCCGGAUCGAAUGAUGCUCACUUUCUCCGUGUUCCCUUCCCCUAAGGUCUCGGACACCGUUGUCGAACCUUACAAUGCCACUCUCUCUGUUCAUCAGCUUGUUGAGAAUGCUGAUGAAUGUAUGGUUUUAGACAACGAAGCUUUGUAUGAUAUUUGCUUCCGUACUCUCAAGCUCACCACUCCGAGCUUUGGAGACCUGAACCAUCUGAUAUCUUCCACUAUGAGUGGUGUAACUUGCUGCCUUCGAUUCCCUGGUCAGCUCAAUUCAGAUCUGCGGAAGCUUGCCGUUAACCUCAUCCCUUUCCCUCGGCUGCAUUUCUUCAUGGUUGGCUUUGCUCCGCUUACAUCCCGAGGGUCGCAGCAGUACAGGGCACUUACUGUCCCUGAACUCACACAACAAAUGUGGGAUGCCAAAAACAUGAUGUGUGCUGCUGAUCCUCGCCACGGGCGAUACUUGACCGCAUCAGCCAUGUUCCGUGGGAAGAUGAGCACCAAGGAGGUCGAUGAACAGAUGAUUAAUGUGCAGAAUAAGAACUCAUCUUACUUUGUGGAGUGGAUCCCCAAUAAUGUGAAGUCUACUGUUUGUGAUAUUCCUCCGAUUGGGUUGAAGAUGGCCUCGACAUUCAUCGGGAACUCGACGUCUAUUCAGGAAAUGUUCCGAAGAGUAAGUGAGCAAUUUACGGCUAUGUUCCGAAGGAAGGCGUUCUUGCACUGGUACACGGGAGAGGGAAUGGAUGAGAUGGAGUUCACGGAGGCGGAGAGCAACAUGAACGAUUUGGUUUCUGAGUACCAACAGUACCAAGAUGCAACAGCCGAGGAGGAGUACGAUUACAAGGAGGAGGAGGAGGAGGAGGAGGAACUCCAGGAAUAGAGAAGUGUGUUAGUUUCUAAUGUUUGUGGAUUUCAUUUAGAUGUGUUGUUCACCUUGAUACCUUGUUUGGGUGUUUGGAUUGUGGCCUAUUGUAGUAAUUUAAAGGAGUGUUUGUUUACGUAGUUAGAGAAUGGAAUUACGCUUUCCAUGGCUUUCUUGCUGAA